AAGGCUGAAUAUGUCCUAUUGUUUCCUUCUGGUGGACUUUUGAUCAUUGGCUUAUCACCUUUUACAUUCAGGACCCCCAAAUAAUUUUCCUCAAAUUAGGAUGGAGAGAAUCCAUCUGAACUAUAAUUUAGAUCCUGGCCUUAGAAACUUCAAAUAUCAGGUUCCUGCACUGUGCUUCCACUAAAAUCAUAAUUUUACAAUUUACCUUGGUUUACACUAUAUUCAGGAUGUAGAAAAUGUCACACUUGCUGCUCUGUAAAAGUUGAGGGUAUGAAAACCUGGAUUAUGGAUCUUUCAACUUGUGGUUUGUCAAUGCCGCUCUUGGCAUUUUAGGUGGUGUGAAAAAUUCAUUGUCCAUGUUUUCCUCUGAUCUUGAAGCAGCAGCUGGUGCUGAGCAGUAAGAAGAAGGAUGGGGGUAUUUGCUGCGUGGCUAAUCUCGCUAACAAUACCUUCAAGCAUUCCAUCAGAAAUACUGGACCAGUUUUUCACAUGACUACUUAUUGCCAUGGCUGCAGUUGACAGUUUUUCCCUCUUGUACAAGGAGAUUGGCCGUACUUGCAGUUGUUACACAGAGGUACUGGCUGUAAUUGGAGCCUGUUAUACAGCUAAAAAAUGCAUCGUUUGUGCAUGGGAUUGUUACAGCCUGAUCAGGUUGCAUUUCAUCCCUAAGCUGGUCAGAAAGGCUGAUCUGAUCAAGCAGUAUGGAAGAUGGGCUGUAGUCACUGGGGCUACAGCUGGAAUUGGAAAAGCCUAUGCUGAGCAACUGGCAAACCACGGUGUGAAUGUUAUCUUAAUCAGCCGGAACAAAGAGAAGCUUCAGGCAGUAGCUAAGGACAUAGCUGAAACCUAUAAAGUGAAAACUGAUUUUAUAGUAGCUGACUUCAGCAAAGGUCGUGAGAUUUACUCGGCCAUUAAGGAAGAUCUGAGAGACAAGGAAAUUGGGAUCUUGGUAAAUAAUGUAGGAGUGUGUUACAACUAUCCAGACUAUUUUAUCAGAGUGUCUGAGGAUAAACUGUGGGAAAUGAUCAAUAUAAAUAUUGGUGCUGUUAACAUGAUGACGCACAUGGUUCUGCCAGGGAUGGUAGAGAGGAAGAAAGGUGCUAUUGUAAAUAUUUCCUCUGCAUCCUGCUGCCAACCCGUUCCACAGUUAACAGCAUAUGCAGCCUCCAAGGCCUACGUGGACUAUUUCAGCAGAGCUCUAUAUUAUGAAUAUGCUCCGAAAGGAAUCUUUGUUCAGAGUUUAAUUCCAAUGGUCACCUCCACAAACAUGACACAGUUCAGUCGGUUGCUGUCCAGUAAGAGUUUUAUAAUACCUACUGCUGAAGUAUAUGCACGUCAUGCCAUUUCCACUCUUGGGAUAUCCAGAAGAACAACAGGAUACUGGGGUCACUUUGUUCAGGGCUGCUUACUGAGCUUACCAGAGUGGUUGUAUGCCUGGCUUUCCAACAAUAUAAGCUGGUUUCUACGUCAGGAUGCCUUAUCCCACCGACUGGAUUAAAAAUCUCAUCUGUAAAUAGCCAGUGUGCUAACCUACUGCAGUAAUCUUGGAAGAACACUUAAAAAUGUGACUAGCAUGUAUUCAUCAUUUCUAAAUGAGUAUGCAUAUCCUAGACAGCAGAGAAACCUGGAUCUUGGUGAUGUCCCUGUACUGCUUGACCCAUGUAAAAAUAUUUUUAUUUGAAAAGUGAAGGGUUAGUGUAACCCACAGAUGAGCUAUGGACUAUUUACCAUGGUCUCAGAGACUGCUAGUAGUUUGUGAACUGCAGUUGGGGAAACUCUGGUGCAGGAUAGGGUAAGAGCUGUGUUUCAUGGUGGUGAUAUUGAGAGGAUGCACAAUUUGAAAGAUAGCAAAAAUUAUGUAUAACUCCAUAUUCUUAAUAGAUUUCUUUUAAAUAAAGAAUAUGCAUAUGGAGCUACCACUUCUUAUAAAUUUACAUAGAAUUAAAUACCGAAACAAUAAGUAAAUUUGAAUAUUAUAGUUGUAUUAAUUUUUACCAUGUAGAUGCAGCAUCAAAUAAAAGAUUCUUUAAUAAGCCAAGUUGGACUAUGUUAAACAAGGAAUUAUGGGUAAGAGGGGAAAUGAGGUUUAUAAUGGAUCAAGGUUUCCUGUCUGGAGACAGAAUGUGGCUUUGAUUGGAUUUGGUUAUUUCAAGUGACUGUUGUCCUCCAAAUAAAUAAUUGCAUUGUAUUGG